AUGACUGUUGCUUGGAAAAGAUUAAUUAGAUUCGUUGCUAAAGACGGAAAAAUUUACAGAGGUGAACCAAUUGUUCCAAAUGAAGAUUACGAUCUUGGUAAAGCUGCUCUUGCUGGUGAAGAAAUCAGAGCAAAAGUCAUCACUGGUGAUGUCUUUGAUGAUGCUGUUGUCACUGAUGAAAUCAAGGAAGUUAAGACUUUAUUAGGUCCUCUUUCUGAAGACGAUGUUCCAAUCAUUAAAUGUAUUGGUUUAAACUAUAUGAAACAUAUCCAAGAAGGUGGUAGAACUCCUCCACCAUAUCCAUCAGUUUUCUACAAGCCAAGAUUCUCAAUUGCUGAUUUUGGUGAACCAAUUCCAAUUCCAAAGAUUGCUCAAGAAAACCAAGUUGAUUACGAAGGUGAAUUAUGUGUUGUUAUUGGUAAGACUGGUAAGGAUAUCAAAGUUGAAGAUGCUUUAUCUUAUGUUGCUGGUUACGUUUCUGGUAACGAUGUUUCUGCUAGAACUUGGCAAAGAGAUCCAAAAUAUGCUGGUAGUGUUCCUCAAUGGGGUUUCUCCAAGAGUUUUGAUAAAUAUGCUCCAUUAGGUCCAGCUGUUGUCUCUACUGCUGUUAUUCCAAACCCAGGUACUUUACAAUUAAAGACCAUUGUCAAUGGUGAAGUUAGACAAGAUACCAACACUGAUGAUUUAUUAUUCAAUGUUCCAAAGAUCAUUGCUUUUAUUUCUCAAGGUACUACUUUAGAAAAGGGUACUGUUAUUAUGACUGGUACUCCAAGUGGUGUUGCUAUGGGUAUGAAAUCUCCAAAAUACUUAAACCAUAAUGAUGUUGUUGAAGUCUCCAUUGAAAAGAUUGGUACCCUUCACAACAAAAUGGAUUUCAUUUAA